UUGAUUCAUGGGUCGCUUCGACUGUUCGCUUCCAUCUCAAGAGCGCGGGUGGUCUGAAUGGAAAUGGCGAUUCUGGGGCCUUCCCAAACCACCAUCCGACAACAACACGCCCCGCUGAUGCCGAUUCCGAUGCCGAUGCCGGUUCCGCUGCAGUAAUAAAUACACCCCCCCAAAAAAGACGCAAGCAACACAGUCCGCCCGCCAUGUCCCGCGCCUCCAAGUUGACGCUGCUGGGCACUUCGCUCUUCGCCCUCAGCACCGUGGUCUUCGUCCACUUCCAGCAAAAAGCGGAGCAAGAGGCAAUGCACCAAGGCGUGAUUCGCGACAUGGAACAGCAGCGCAUCAAGCGCGAGCGCCAGGCCGAUUUCGAUAUGCAGCGCGAACUCGAGGCCCAGUACAGGAAGGAGCAGACGGUCCGGGACAGCACUGCGGAUGCGCCCGUAGGAGAGGGGAUAUCAGGGGCGCAAACGGGGACAGGGAGGUGAUGACACUCGAGGGGGACCGGCUGGAGAACUGGUAAAAAUACCCAACAGGCAUUUACACUAUGAACAACACAGCCGAGUGGCCAAAAAAAGACUGGCCGUGUACAAGACGAAAUGUACAAUACUGUACUGUACCAUGUUGAAAGCAGCAUCAUAGAAUAGAUCAUUGCAUCCUCUCUAACUAACAACGGUUGCUCUGUGGUUUAGGCACAUUGUAUAAACCACCACUACCACGGUCAUCGCUCCAAAACUAAACGAAGCCGCUAACCAGCACUGCUGAUGGUGUGAUCGUGAUUCCCGGUCCCUUUUUACAAGGCCACCCUUUGAAGGCGAUGACCUGGCAGAACCAUUUCCCUGUCUUGGUACAAUAUCUUUCAG